UGGGUGGGGCCGCGCGGGCCGGGCUCCCCGCCCCCUCCCGGACACGCCCACCCGUGUCGGCUGCGCGAGCCGCAACAGGCAGCGGCGGUCGAGCGCGAGGCCCGCGCGCUCAGAAGCCCCGCGCGUGCGUGCAGCUCGCUGGCGGCUCGCGCUCAGGCAGGCGGGCUGAGGAGGCUGCCGAGCCUCCGCCGCUGCCGCCGCCGCGGGGGAAGCCUGGGAGCCAGAUCGGCGUCGCCUCGGCCUCCGUAACCCCCGCCUAGCCGGGCCAUGGCGGAACGCGGAGGGGCGGGCGGUGGUCCCGGAGGCGCCGGGGGCGGCAGCAGCCAGCGGGGAUCCGGGGUCGCCCAGUCCCCUCAGCAGCCGCCGCCGCAGCAGCAGCAGCAGCCGCCGCAGCAGCCGACGCCCCCCAAGCUGGCCCAGGCCACCUCGUCGUCCUCGUCCACCUCGGCGGCGGCUGCCUCCUCCUCGUCCUCGUCUACCUCCACCUCCAUGGCCGUGGCGGUGGCCUCGGGCUCCGCGCCUCCCGGCGGCCCGGGGCCAGGCCGCACCCCCGCCCCGGUGCAGAUGAACCUGUACGCCACCUGGGAGGUGGACCGGAGCUCGUCCAGCUGCGUGCCUAGGCUAUUCAGCUUGACCCUGAAGAAACUCGUCAUGCUAAAAGAAAUGGACAAAGAUCUUAACUCAGUGGUCAUUGCUGUGAAGCUGCAGGGUUCAAAAAGAAUUCUUCGCUCCAACGAGAUCGUCCUUCCAGCUAGUGGACUGGUGGAAACAGAGCUCCAAUUAACCUUCUCCCUUCAGUACCCUCAUUUCCUUAAGCGAGAUGCCAACAAGCUGCAGAUCAUGCUUCAAAGGAGAAAACGUUACAAGAAUCGGACCAUCUUGGGCUAUAAGACCUUGGCUGUGGGACUCAUCAACAUGGCAGAGGUGAUGCAGCAUCCUAAUGAAGGCGCACUGGUGCUUGGCCUACACAGCAAUGUGAAGGAUGUCUCUGUGCCUGUGGCAGAAAUAAAGAUCUACUCCCUGUCCAGCCAGCCCAUUGACCAUGAAGGAAUCAAAUCCAAGCUCUCUGAUCGUUCUCCUGAUAUUGACAAUUAUUCUGAGGAAGAGGAAGAGAGUUUCUCAUCAGAACAGGAAGGCAGCGAUGAUCCAUUGCAUGGGCAGGACUUGUUCUACGAAGACGAAGAUCUCCGGAAAGUGAAGAAGACCCGGAGGAAACUAACUUCAACCUCUGCCAUCACAAGGCAACCUAACAUCAAACAGAAGUUUGUGGCCCUCCUGAAGCGGUUUAAAGUUUCAGAUGAGGUGGGCUUUGGGCUGGAGCAUGUGUCCCGCGAGCAGAUCCGGGAGGUGGAAGAGGACUUGGAUGAAUUGUAUGACAGUCUGGAGAUGUACAACCCCAGCGACAGUGGCCCUGAGAUGGAGGAGACAGAAAGCAUCCUCAGCACUCCAAAGCCCAAGCUCAAGCCUUUCUUUGAGGGGAUGUCGCAGUCCAGCUCCCAGACGGAGAUUGGCAGCCUCAACAGCAAGGGCAGCCUUGGAAAAGACACCACCAGCCCUAUGGAAUUGGCUGCUCUAGAAAAAGUUAAAUCUACUUGGAUUAAAAACCAAGAUGACAGCUUGACUGAAACAGACACUCUGGAAAUCACUGACCAGGACAUGUUUGGAGAUGCCAGCACGAGUCUGGUUGUGCCGGAGAAAGUCAAAACUCCCAUGAAGUCCAGCAAAACAGAUCUCCAGGGCUCUGCCUCCCCCAGCAAAGUGGAGGGGGUGCACACACCCCGGCAGAAGAGGAGCACGCCCCUGAAGGAGCGGCAGCUCUCCAAGCCCCUAAGUGAGAGGACCAACAGUUCCGACAGCGAGCGCUCCCCAGAUCUGGGCCACAGCACGCAGAUUCCAAGAAAGGUGGUGUAUGACCAGCUGAAUCAGAUCCUGGUGUCAGAUGCAGCCCUCCCAGAAAAUGUCAUCCUGGUGAACACCACUGACUGGCAGGGCCAGUAUGUGGCUGAGCUGCUCCAGGACCAGCGGAAGCCUGUGGUGUGCACCUGCUCCACUGUGGAGGUCCAGGCUGUGCUGUCCGCCCUGCUCACCCGGAUCCAGCGCUACUGCAACUGCAACUCUUCCAUGCCGAGGCCCGUGAAGGUGGCUGCUGUGGGAGGCCAGAGCUACCUGAGCUCCAUCCUCAGGUUCUUUGUCAAGUCCCUGGCCAACAAGACCUCCGACUGGCUUGGCUAUAUGCGCUUCCUCAUCAUCCCCCUCGGUUCUCACCCUGUGGCCAAAUACUUGGGGUCAGUCGACAGUAAAUACAGUAGUUCCUUCCUGGAUUCUGGUUGGAGAGAUCUGUUCAGUCGCUCGGAGCCACCAGUGUCAGAGCAACUGGACGUGGCAGGGCGGGUGAUGCAGUACGUCAACGGGGCAGCCACGACACACCAGCUUCCUGUGGCCGAAGCCAUGCUGACUUGCCGCCAUAAGUUCCCUGAUGAAGACUCCUAUCAGAAGUUUAUUCCCUUCAUUGGCGUGGUGAAGGUGGGUCUGGUUGAAGACUCUCCCUCCACAGCAGGCGAUGGGGACGAUUCUCCUGUGGUCAGCCUUACUGUGCCCUCCACGUCACCACCCUCCAGCUCGGGCCUGAGCCGAGACGCCACGGCCACCCCUCCCUCCUCCCCAUCCAUGAGCAGCGCCCUGGCCAUCGUGGGGAGCCCCAAUAGCCCAUAUGGGGACGUGAUUGGCCUCCAGGUGGACUACUGGCUGGGCCACCCCGGGGAGCGGAGGAGGGAAGGCGACAAGAGGGACGCCAGCUCGAAGAACACCCUCAAGAGUGUCUUCCGCUCGGUGCAGGUGUCCCGCCUGCCCCAUAGUGGGGAGGCCCAGCUUUCUGGCACCAUGGCCAUGACUGUGGUCACCAAAGAAAAGAACAAGAAAGUUCCCACCAUCUUCCUGAGCAAGAAACCCCGAGAAAAGGAGGUGGAUUCCAAGAGCCAGGUCAUCGAAGGCAUCAGCCGCCUCAUCUGCUCAGCCAAGCAGCAGCAGACUAUGCUGAGAGUGUCCAUCGAUGGGGUCGAGUGGAGUGACAUCAAGUUCUUCCAGCUGGCAGCCCAGUGGCCCACCCAUGUCAAGCACUUUCCAGUGGGACUCUUCAGUGGCAGCAAGGCCACCUGAGGCCCUGUCCCCCAGCCACUUUCUCUCCUGGCACUGCCACCAGCCUCACCGCCUGCGGGCAGGGGGAGGCCAGCAGGCCCGGGCCCAGCAUCCCUUCCCUGGCACCAGGGUCUGCCUCUCACUCGCCCAGGUCCCGAAGGACACUGCCACAGGGACGCCUCCCCUCCCCUCCCCUCCCCUCCAGCCCACCCCUGCACAGCCCCUCCUGGUUCCCGCUUUUCCCCUUCUCCCUCCUGCUCCAGGCCUAAGGCGUGUUGGUUUUGCCUUCUGGUGCCCAUAGUCCCCGGGACUGAGUCCUCCAGGCCUUCCUUCACCCGACUUCCAACCUCUUCCUUGUGGUAUCAGUUUCCUUCCCGGAAAUGAGAAAACUGGAAUCCUGGUCCCCAGCAGGAGAGCCUAGUCGUCCCCCGGCCCCUCCAGCCACCAGGGUGUCCUCUAAGAUGCAGCUGCCAGAUCCACUCACUCUGCCGCCUCCAGCAGGACCCAGGGCCACUUUCCACUCUUGUGGGGUUCUCCACCUGCCCCAGAGCUUCCCAAGGGAGGGUAAGGGGGCACCCUGAGCCCAGGGGAUCCCUGCUCCACAGCUCACAGGGGCAGGAGGCAGCUCCCCCGCCUCCAGGACCCUGUUGCUAUGGUGACGCAGUGUUUCUAGGACAGAGGGGCCUCCCAGUCUCCCCCCACCACCCGUGCACGACUUCCUCACCACCCCCAGGUUCCCUGCAGAUGUCGUGUGUGUCCUGAGUGUUUCUUUGGUUCUUUGCAUGCCAAGUCUCUUGGUUGUACCAUGUGACACACCCUGUGCACUGGUCGCUGUCUUCGUGGCUUCCACCCUUGAUGAUGCUCCUGCCUCUGCCUCCCAGCCCCUCACCCAGCACAGCUCUGCCUGGACUUGGAGAGAUGGGAGGCAGACCCCCACCACCAUACAUGCUGUCUGUGGCCCCUCAGACAUUGUUUCAUCUCCCAUUCAUCUCCCUCCUCCUACUGUGUCAGUUUUUCUGCCUUUCCCUGCUCUGUUCUUCCCCCUCCUUAGGCACCGGCCUGGGCCUAGACCCAUCCUCCCAGCCAGGUUUCCCUCCAGCAGGCUCCUUCCCUCCGUGUCACCUCCCUCUCACCAACCCGGGGUCUGAGCCCCUCAGUCCUGACCGUCCACGUUCUCAGGAGUGGUUGAGGACACAGGGCCCCAGCCCAGCCCUCCGCGCCCCCCAGCCUGGCCCUCCAUGCCCCACAGCCCCUUUGGAGCUUUUCUCUUGUCCUCUCACUCCUCCCCAGAAGUUUUUGCACAGAACUUCAUUUUGAAAGUGUUUUUCUCAUUCUCCAUACCUCCCCCAAGCUCUCCUCCAGCCCUUCCCAGGGCUCAGCCCUGCUGUCCUGAGUGUCUCCUGGGCCAGAGAGAGGAGAUGGGGGUGGGAGGGACUGAGUUGAUGUUGGGUUUUUCAUUCAAUAAACUGGUGAUUUCUUACCGAC